AUGCAGCAUACAAGAGAAAGCUACAGACAGCAUAUAACUGACAGCCACAGACAGCACAUAACUGACAACCUCAGACAGCACAUAACUGACAGCCACAGACAGCACAUAACUGACAGCCACAGACAGCACAUAACUGACAGCCACAGACAGCACAUAACUGACAGCCACAGACAGCAUAUAACUGACAGCCACAGACAGCAUAUAACUGACAGCCACAGACAGCACAUAACUGACAGCCUCGGACAGCACAUAACUGACAGCCACAGACAGCACAUAACUGACAGCUACAGACAGCAUAUAACUGACAGCCACAGACAGCAUAUAACUGACAGCCACAGACAGCAUAUAACUGACAGCCAACAGGCAGCAUAA